AUGCCGCUCUGUGGUGGAACCAAGUCCGUGCAGCGCAAGCUCGUGCUUCUAGGCGACGGCGCUUGUGGCAAGACGUCGCUGCUGAAUGUCUUCACACGCGGAUACUUUCCCACAGUAUACGAGCCUACAGUCUUUGAGAACUAUGUCCACGACAUAUACAUCGACAAUGUGCACGUUGAGCUCAGCCUCUGGGACACAGCCGGCCAGGAGGAAUUCGACCGCCUGCGCUCCCUGUCCUACGAUGACACACACGCCAUAAUGCUCUGCUUCAGCGUCGACUCCCCCGACUCGCUGGAAAACGUAGAGACGAAAUGGGUUGGCGAGAUCGCCGAGAACUGCCCUGGCGUCAAGCUCGUGCUGGUCGCGCUCAAGUGCGAUCUACGGCGGCGCGAGGACGCCGAUGACGACGAGAACCCCCAACCUGAGAAACCGAUGAUCAUGUACGACGAGGGGUUGAAGGUCGCAGAGAGGAUACGAGCAUUACGGUAUCUGGAAUGUUCCGCAAUGAAGAACCGCGGCGUCAACGAAGCCUUCACAGAAGCCGCGCGCGUGGCUCUCUCCGUAAAGAACUCGAAGGACCGAGAUCGGGGCUGCAACGUCAUGUAA